GGUUACAAUGAAAGACGCUUUGUGAUUUUCACGAGGGAGGAGGCGCUACUGCGAGUAGCCAUAUGGACCCCUGAAUCACGACAGGACAAGGUUGUAAAUAGUGUAAAAAGAAAUAAAUCGAAACAAAACAUGGACGUUUGGCAUUAGUUUCGUAAACCAAAGGAGUUAUUUCAAGGACUGCGCAUAAAUUCUGGGCUUUAUUGGAACUUUGUAAUGCUUAAACAGGAUGACAACAAUACAGUAGUGUAGGCAAUCUCAAGGUUUUCGGUUUGAGACUUAAAAUGAGGAUCCAAGGGCAGCCUGAGGGUGCGAGGAGGCGUCUGGAUAUGAACCCAACUGGUGAACUCCGGGACGUGGAGGUCAUCCGCGGUCGGGCUGGAUAUGGUUUUACUAUUACAGGACAGAAACCGUGUCUGCUGAGUGGCAUCAUGGAGGGCAGUCCUGCUUUUGUGGUGGGACUCAGACAAGGAGAUCGAAUCAUGGCCAUCAAUGGAGCCGACGUUUCUGCUGCUUCUCAUGAAACUGUGGUGCAGCUGAUCGGUGGCUGCAAAGGACCCCUGCAUAUGGUGGUGUUGUCAGAACGACGAAUAAUGGGGAACCCCAUCCUCAAUGAUGCCAAGUUUGGGUUUGAGCAAAAAAGUGGUGCUUUCCAGAAGCCAGGUGUCCUCCGCGCUGUAUCACAUGACUCAAGCAGACCGUCUUUUAAUCCUAACAACGGUCUCACCGCUAAACAGAGGCCAGUUUCAGAGCCCGACAUGUCACUGUGGUCACAACAAUUCAAUGUUUUGUCUGCAAAGAAAAAGGAGGAAACAUCCACAGUUAAAGACACAGAUUCUGUUUUUACUGAUACCGAAGAAGUCAAUCCAGCCUGGAGUGUUUUAAACAUGACUUUGGUGGUGGGCUACCUUAGCUCCACAGAGCUGAUUCUGAACACCAGUGACUCUGAGGACGACUGUUUAAAGGCCAUUCGGGAGAGAAUUCGACAGCUUGGCACAGAGCAAGAUACCCAUACCCUCGUGAUGAUGAAGGUCAUGUUCGAUUGCAUUCGACUGUGUGACGACGCAGGAGCCGUUCUGGCGGCGUUCCCUGCUGAGAACCUUGUUUUAGGAGCUGUUUGUGCUGAGGACCCGCGUUUCUUUUGCCUGGUCACCACGGCACAUAUUAUCAAUGGCCGGGUACCAGAUAAUGGUCCUCUUCGGGCAUCCUGCCACGUGUUUUUCAUUGACCCAGAGCUGGGAAACCACAAGGAUCACAUAGGAAUUGCUUGCCGGUUUGGCUUUAAUUGUAUGCCAGAUCCAGACUCUACGGGCUGCCUCGAGUUCCCUCAGACUCCCCCAGACGUGCUACACUUUGUAACAGUCCUAUAUAGCGAUCUGGGGGAGGCGGUGGAAAGGCUUCGAGCUAAACUGGACAUGGAGGCUCAGCAGACCGACAACACCAGUAAACUAGGCAGUGCUAGCAGCAACGGGGACAGCGGGAUCGAAAAUUCUUCCCCCCCUGAGGAGAGAGCGGACAGGGAUUUCCCUUCUGAUAUCCCAAAUCUUUCUGGGACCCACCUCCCAAGCUGUCCAUGGGAUUAUCCCUCAACUGAGGUUGUCACCCCUAUAAACCCCGUCAAAAAUGGCCAAAAACUUGAGCCCGAGAACAGUGCCAGCCUACAUUCCCUUUCAGAGUCACUGCCUGGCCCCGAUUCCCUCACAAGCUUCUACGGAGGUCCCCCACCCAGGCUGGAGUUUCAUUUUAAGCCCCCACCUCCUCCGUUACCCUUGAGUAAAAAACCAAACUUUCUGGCUUAUCCCUUAAGAAGCAGCCAAAGGUGGUUUUCAAAGCCAAAAUGGCCUAAAUCCCUAACCAGCGAUUCUGUAAAUCAGGAGACAUCCACCAAGAUAAACUCCACCACAAAUGACCCUCCUGCACUGAAUCAGGUGUACUCAGACAGGUACCACUCCACCGAGGCCAUGAUGCCUCCUAGAGAGGAAUGGACCAAGAGGUUUCUCGAACAAAGACAGAAACAGCAGGCACAUGUCUGCUACAGAAAUGGAUCCAGGUUUUGGGGCAUAGGUGUUGCCCGUGCCUCCAAACGUCGUUCUUCCAAACGUCUCAGCAUGGCAAGAAGUCUGGAUGAUCUUGAGUCUGCAGCUUCUUCAGAUGGUGACUACAGUGGAAUCCAGCUGCAGGGAUGCUGCAGUCAUAGCAGCCUAACCAGCAAUGGCAGUCUUCCAGGGGCCAGCGGCCAUCGUGGGUCCGCAGAUCACCGGGUGGCUGGCUGGUCCUCCUGCUUCGAGCGGCUUCUCCAGGACCCCGUGGGUGUGCGUUACUUCUCGGAAUUUCUCAAGAAAGAGUUCAGUGAGGAGAAUAUCUUGUUCUGGCAGGCCUGUGAAUACUUCAGUCAUGUCCCUGCAACUGACAAAAAGCAGCUGUCCCAGAGAGCGGGGGAGAUCUACAACAGCUUCCUGUCCAGCAAGGCCACCAUGCCAGUUAACAUCGACAGCCAGGCCCAGCUGGCAGACGACGUCCUCACCUCACCUCAGCCUGAAAUGUUCAAGACCCAGCAGCUACAGAUCUUUAAUCUGAUGAAGUUCGACAGCUACUCGCGUUUUCUGAAGUCCUCCCUCUACCUGGAGUGUCUGCGCGCUGAGGAGGACGGUCAGCCGAUGCCGGACCCCUACCACAUCCCCUGUAGCCCCGCGCCCUCCAAACACAGCGCCAGCUCUGACCGCUCCACCCUCUCCACUCCCAAAAAGGAUAUCAGAAAGCAGAGAUCAGGGAAAUCAUUUAAUGAAGACACCAAGGACGAGAGCGCAGAUAAGAAGCGUGGCAUCUUCUUCUCCUGGUCUCGCAACAGGAGCUUUGGGAAGGGACCAAAGAAGAAAGACAUUGGAGACAUUAAUCUGGACUUUUGGGGCAGUAACGGUCGAAGAGAGUCUCAGGGCUCCCUGUCGUCAAGCGCCAGUCUGGAGAUCCCCAGUUCUGUCUCUGCUGCCAAAAUGGAGUCUGACAAUCGCCACUCAGUCGGCGCGUGGGAGCGCUCGUCCAGACACUGCAGUGUGCUGCUGCCCGACGGCUCCUGCUCCUCCAUCACCCUGCGGCCCGGCGCUUCCAUCAGAGAGGUCCUCCAAGAUCUGUGUCGCAACAUCUGCGUCAACAUUGCUGCUGUGGAUCUGUUCCUCGUGGGAGGAGAGAAGCCUCUAGUUUUAGAUCAAGACUGCAUGACUCUUUGCUCACGAGACCUAAGACUGGAGAAGCGCACUUUGUUUCGGUUGGACUUGGUGCCAAUUAAUCGCUCCGUGGGUCUCAAAGCCAAACCCACGAAACCAGUCACAGAGGUCCUCCGUCCCGUGGUGGCCAAAUACGGCCUGAAUCUAAGUGAUCUGGUGGCCAAAAUAAGCGGAGAGACCGAACCGCUGGAUUUGGGGGCCCCCAUAUCGAGUCUGGACGGCCUGCGUGUUGUGCUGGAGCGGGCAGACCCAUGUUCAGGGAAAGAAAAAUCCAAGUCUUCCUCCAUAAAAGGCCACCCUCCGACCAGGAGUUUUUCUGCUGCAGGAGAUGAGAGGUCAGCACCAAAGGACAUUUCUGUGAGAGCGGCUGGACCAGCCUCAGCACUCCCAGAGGAAAAGAGAAAACAGAAAAAGAUAAAUAUAGAUGAAGCUGAAGAAUUCUUUGAGCUGCUAAGCCGAGCCCAGAGCACCCGAGCCAACGACCAGCGCGGACUUCUGAAAAAAGAAGACCUGGUGCUUCCAGACUUCCUCCGCCUGACACCACCCACCUCCUCCUGCUCUGUCUCCUCCGACCUGGCCUGUUCCACCCCGGCCUCCCUGAAGCCGGGGCGAGAGAACGGCGGGCCGCCCCGCGGGUCCCUCACAGCCGCUCUGCGCUCGGAGAGUCUAGACUCCUCCCUCAGUUCCAGCGCCAACGGACACUCAGCGUCCAGGCGGUGCCUGCUGCCUCCCCCCCGCCACUCUACGUUUGGCACCCACCUCUCCCCCAUUCCCCGGCCCCCUGACUCCCGGCCGAGCCUCCGCACGGUGGAAGAGGACGCCCACGCCGACCUGACCCUCGUGGGUGAGGGCGACAUCAGCAGCCCCAACAGUACUCUGUUACCCCCUUCGCUUUCAUCCUUCCCGUCCCUGGAGAGCAGCCUCCCUGAGGCCAACUUCACCCCACCGACACCCUGCUCCCGGUCCCAAGACACAGGUGGAGAGGGAAAGUCCAGUUCAGGUAUUUCUACAAACCAGUAAUAAACCAGUACUGUGUGAGUGUGAGUGUGUGUGUGUAUGUGUGCAGUUGUGUUCAAAUUAAUAACAGUGUUUUUAGUUUAAUGAUUCAUGAACCCUUUAUAUUAUAUUACAAAUUACAGGAUGAAUAAAUAAUAAUUAGUAAAUCUGUUCUCACUCUACGGGAAGUGGAGAAAAAGAAUAUUUAAUUAAAACAGAACUUCACAAAAUCAAGGAUCGACCGUAGAAAUUUAAAACGAUUGUGGACGCACCUUGAACCACCAAACUAAUCUUAGUUUUAUAUCUAGUUUUCAAAUAUGCUUCACAUAGAGUCAACCUUUCUUCUUGCACAUCCGGCCAAAUUUUCAAGCCCACACUAUGGUCUCAUUUGCUUUUAUUGGUGAAGUCUCAGCCACAGCAUGCUUAACAUCACCUCAUAAGUUUUAAAGUUCUGCGUUUGGACUGGCUGCUAAUAAAUGUUAAUGGUGUUGGUCUGAAACCCAGACCAAUGCCAAACCUUUCUUCUUGUUUCAGCAAGAAAUAACAAGGCCACCAAUUGUCAUUGUAUUUCCUGACAAGGAAAUACAAUGACAUAGCGCAACAUGAACUCUCCAAGCGUUUUGACAUUGUGAUAGACAUGGCCUGUUGUGGCUUGAAUUCAGCUCUUUGGGGUCAAGUUUCCCAAAACGUGAAAGGAUGAUCUUGGUUUGAUCAGCCAAUAAAAUGUUGCAUCAUUUCUCUUUAGGCUAGUUCAGUGUUUAGUUAAAAGUCUUUUUUUCAAUGUUAGGACUUUGCAGGAGCCUUUUGUCUAUAGCAUUUCAGUCUGUCAUUGUUUCAGUGUUCGCAAGCAACUCGAUAUCAUCUUUGAUCAAUCUGGAUGUAGCAGUGGCUGAAAAAUUGUGACUAUUAUUUAAUCAAUAGUUUUGCAUCAUUUCACCUCUUCUUUAAGUGUUUCCUCCUCUCCAGUCAACUUUAUGACAUAAUUUUUUCUUCUAUUUGCAACAUUUUCAGCCUUUGUUCUUAAAUAAAACACUCCUAUUUGACUCCCGUUCGUUCACUCAAUGACUGUCCUCACUGAUUGAACUCCACGCUGCUAUUCAAUGGAAACACAGUUACACAGAAUCAGCAGCAUGCAUGUCAUGACUGAUUCAUCUGGUGGAUUUCCUGUUACUCUCCUACACAAAAACUUUCUAUAUCGAAAACAAGGCUAUGGCCGUGUUUUCGAUAUAGAAUUUUUUUUCUUUCUAUAGAUAAACUGUGAUUCAUUUGGUUCAUGAAGUUGGACUGAUAUUACUUUGAAUACAACUGUACUUGCAUGUGUGUAUAGUGUGGUCACAAUAGUACCACUGUUAUGGCAAAACUCCUUCUAUACCGACUGACGCACUUUAAUGACAAAUUGAUGUUGACUCCCUCAAUUUGCCUGAUCGGUUUAACUCAACGUCUGUGGGCGCGUGUGUGUGUGUGUGUGUGUGUGUGAUCCUUAUGACACUCCUGUAAAUAGUGAUGUGUAUAUUUUCUCUCGUGAGUGACGUUUACCUGAAAAAGUCCAAACUUGCUGCAAACUUUUGGGGUUGAACAUGUGACUAGGAUCUCCCCAGCUGGAUAUAUUUCCACUUUGUUUUAUAGUUUCGGGUGCAUGCAAAUGUGAUUUGUUUACAGGUCUUAUGAUUUAUGAAAACAAACAAACAAAAAGAAAUACAUACAGGUUUUCUGAUCAGUAUUUGUUGCACAAUUAAUGUUGUCCUGAAAAGUAGAGUUGAGACCAGCUGAACAACUGAAAGUGGUGAUAUUAGCUGCGAAAGUAAUCCGGAGCCAUGAAACUGGAAUUCCUGAACAGCCAUUACAAACAAAUGCUGUGUUCCUCUCCAUUCCACCACUUCUAGUUCAGAGCAACUCAACAAUGUCACCAUCAGAGAUUUUUUUUUUUUUUUCCUUUUCUAAAAUUUCUUUCCUUCACAACUCUUUAAAAGCAGUGAGUCACCAAACUUUGUCGGCUCAUGUUGCAGCAAUCUGAGCAGUAGGAAAAUAGUCAUUGGUCAGUGACAUUGUUGAAGUGCCCGUCAUUUCUUAUCUGGCUCGCUCGCUUCCUUCUCUAGGUGCCUGUUGUAGAUAAUCACUGCCAAUAAACUCUGUACCUGUGACUGAAUAGAUCUAAUAAAUGUCAGAAUUGGAAAUCA